GCUAAGACGCUUUCCCACGGAGGUGGAGGCCCCUGGUUCGAAUCCUGGCUACUCACAUUACGGUGUGUCCUUGGAAAAGGCACUUUAAAUAUCACAAUUGCCUCAGUCGGCCCAGCUGUAAAUUGGUACCAGCAAAGUGCUGGGGGUAAGGAAAUGAUUAUACAACAAGCACAGAGAUGAGUCAGUCUAGUAACUCCAGCUGGCAAGGCAGCAGGGGAAAAGGUCAGAGGGGUCAAGGAUGGCAUGGUGGUCGUGGAAACUGGCGAGGGAGAUGGCGCGGUCGAGGACAGUACUUCAAUAAUUAUGGAAAUAGAGGAGGUAAUAGAGGGAACAGAGGUGGAGGGAUGAUGCCUGAUCGCAAGUCUAGCCAGUCUAGAAGACCGACCAUGGUUCAAACUAAAAUUGAUGUAGCUUCCCCGUAUCAUGGCUGGAAGCUGUAUUUUCCUGAUGAAGUAUACAGUGACCAUUCGCCAGCAGUCCAGAAGAUACAUGUGUUUGAGAAAUACUUCCUUAGUUGGUUACAGACAUACAAUUUGGAUGACAUAGAACUGAAGGGAAGUUUUAUUGUUGAUUACAAAGAAUUAAUCUCAGAUCAAGGUGUGAGUGAGAGCUUACCAGAUCUACAAACAGAACUAAAGGAUAUGCCACAGAAAGUGCUCGCAUGUAUGGGGUUAGCUAUGCAUCAGCACGUAAGUCACAAGAGACUGAGGGAAGCUAGAGAUGCUGCGGUGGAGAACGGUACAGAAAUUACACCUGAAGAUUAUUAUGUGUCCAUCAUACAUGCACGAAUACUCAACUACGGAACACCUGUACCUCUAAAAAGUUUAAAGGCCAACUAUUAUGGCAAGUUUGUCUCUGUGAAAGGCACUGUUGUCAGAGUGAGCAAUAUCAAACCAUUAUGUACAGUCCUGGCUUUUGAAUGUAACAAUUGUUCUAGUGUGCAGACUAUAAAUUUGCCAGAUGGGAAAUAUGUCCUUCCAACAUCCUGUUCAUCAGCUGAUUGUAGGGGGAAGGUGUUUCAGCCUCAGAGAAGUUCAAACCUUACAGAGACCAUUGACUGGCAAAAUAUUAGAAUACAGGAAAUAAUGGGUGAAGAUCAGAAAGAGGCAGGUAGAAUACCUCGGACAAUUGACUGUGAACUUACACAUGACUUGGUGGACAGUUGUGUACCAGGGGACAUAGUGACAGUAUCGGGGGUGGUCAAAGUCAACAGUGUUGAUGAAGGUAGAGGAAAGAACAAGGACAAAUGUAUGUUUCUGUUGUAUGUACAUGCUAACUCGGUCAACAAUACCAAGGGGAAUAAGUCUGGUAGUGAAGGUCUUGCUAUGGACUUUACAAUGAAGGAAUUAUAUGGGAUAGAGAUGAUACAGAGUGAGGAACAGUUAUUCAGGCUUCUGGUUGGCUCAGUAUGUCCAAGUAUUUAUGGCCAUGAACUUGUGAAGGCAGGAUUGGUGCUGGGAUUGUUUGGAGGAACACAGAAAUUCUCAAAUGAUAAGAACAGAAUCCCAGUUAGAGGUGAUCCUCAUUUGCUUAUAGUUGGAGAUCCUGGUCUUGGCAAGUCACAGAUGUUACAAGCCACAGCAAACAUUGCACCUAGAAGUGUAUAUGUGUGUGGUAAUACAACAACAACAUCCGGAUUGACUGUGACUUUGUCUAAAGAUGGUGGGUCUGGAGACUAUGCUCUGGAAGCGGGUGCUCUUGUACUAGCAGACCAGGGAUGUUGUUGUAUAGACGAGUUUGAUAAGAUGUCCAACCAACAUCAGGCCCUUCUAGAAGCUAUGGAACAGCAGAGUAUAAGUAUUGCAAAAGCUGGGAUUGUUUGUAGCCUUCCAGCUAGGACAUCAAUAUUAGCAGCAGCUAACCCUGUUGGAGGUCAUUAUAACAAGGCAAAAACUGUUGCUGAAAAUCUCAAAAUGGGUUCAGCUUUGUUAUCAAGAUUUGAUUUGGUAUUCAUUCUUCUUGACAAACCAGAUGAGGAGAUGGACAGUAUGCUGUCAGAACAUGUGAUGUCACUUCAUUCAAAACAAAAUAGAAAGCAGGCUUCCAAGACUUCCAGAUCUGCAGACUCGAGUAUGAAUGAGUCUUUGCUUCUUUGGGAGUCAGAUAAACCGCUAAGUGAGAGAUUGAAAAUACCCAGAAAUCACCAUUUUGAUCCAAUACCUGCUCAGCUCCUGAGAAAGUAUGUAGGAUAUGCAAGGAAAUAUGUCCAUCCAAAGAUUGGUCCUGAGGCAGCAAAGGCCAUACAAAAUUUCUAUCUAGAGUUACGCAAGCAGCACCAGACCCAGGACAGUACCCCAAUUACUACCCGGCAGCUGGAGUCCAUGAUCAGGCUGACCGAGGCUCGAGCAAGGCUUGAACUUCGAGAGGUGGCAACCAAAGAAGAUGCAGAUGAUGUAAUAGAGAUUAUGAAGUACAGUAUGGUUGACACCUAUUCAGACCAGUUUGGUGGGCUGGACUUCAGGAGAUCUCAACACGGGUCAGGAAUGAGUGGCCGAUCCCAACCUAAAAAAUUCAUAGCAGCUCUGCAGAGGAUCUCGGACCAAACAUACAACUCUAUAUUCACCAUACAACAGAUGCAGCAGAUAGCAAAGGAUUUGGGAAUGAAUAUUGCUGACUUUGGAUCAUUUGUUGGUUCCCUUAAUACCCAAGGGUUUUUGCUGAAGAAAGGACCAAAGGUUUAUCAGUUACAAACUACUGACUAUUAACAAUAGCUGGAGUUUAACGUCACCUCAUGAUUAUACUACUGACUAUUAACAAUAGCUGGAGUUUAACGUCAUCUUAUGAUUAUCAGUGAUGAACAAUGAAGUGCCAUUGUGAUUACAUUGACAUUGGCUGGAAUUCAGCAUCACUUCAUAGAGAUGUCACUGAUGAAUGAUGAAGUGCAGUUAUGGUUUCAUUGGUAUUUGGACGGAAUAAAACAUCACUUCAUGAAUAAUGAAGUGCCAUUCUGAUUUCAUUGACAUUGGCUCUUCAUAGAUGUCACUGAUUAAUAAUGAAGUGCCACUAUGGUUACAUAGACAUGGGCAGGAAUUAAACAUCACUUCAUAGGUCUCCCAGAAAAAUAAUGAAGUGCCAUUGUGGUUACAUUGACAUUUGAUGGAAUUAAACUUUCUUCAUCUGAGGAAGUCAUCCAGCUGGCUUACGGAAGGUCGGUGGUUCUACCCAGGUGCCCCCUGGUGAUGAAAUAAUGCACGGAGGGGCACCUGGGGCCUUCCUCCACCAUUAAACUGGGAAGUCGCCAUAUGACCUAUCAUGUGUCGAUGCGAUGUUAAAUCCAACAAAAUAAAAAAAUGAAUCCAGCCAUCAUAGAAACAUUCUUUCAUAGACUGCAAUAAAGUCCCGUUUGAUAACAGUUACAUUAGCUGGAAUAAAACACUGGUUUAUAAUCAGAUUUGGUACAAGGAGGACAGGAAAGUUUCUGUGAUAGUUCUUGGAACUUCCUAUGAUUAAAGUUAUGUGAAAUUAUUCUAUGAAAGAUUAAUGAUUUUUUCUGUGAUAAUCAAAAUGUACUGAUAAAAAAUAAAAAGGUUUAAUAUGUGAAUCUUACAAAUUAAUAAAGCUUAAUUUGAAUGUA